UUUUAAAAUUUAAAAUGGUAGAAUUAAAAGAUAUUUUAAUUAAAGAACUUUCAUCCGAAUUUGUUUGCAAUGUUUGCAUGGAUUAUUUGUUCGACCAUGAUAAUUUUCAUACAUCAAAGGCUAUCCUUCAAUGUAGCAAUGGUUGUGUUCAUUGCUUAAAGUGUUGGACCAAGCAUUUUGAAACAUCAAAAAAGAAUUGCUUAACAUGCAGAGAACCAAUCGAAUCAAUAGAAUCACUUUCAAAAAAUAUUAUUUUAAAAAAACAAUUUGGUAAUAAAAAAAUUCAAUGCCCAAAUAUUUGUUUUGAAAAGAGUAGUGAAAAAGAUGAAGUUAAUGGUUGUAAAGAAGUCAUUAAAAUUGAAGAUUGUUUUAGUCAUUUAAGUAAAUGUAAUCAUAGAUAUAUAUCAUGUACAAUGGAAGGCUGUACUGAAACAUUUAGAGCUUUGGAUUUAGAUAAGCAUUUGGAAAAAUGUGGUUUUGCAUCAAUCGAUUGCGAACAUUGUGAAAUGAAAAUAAAGAAAUUCGCAGUCAAAGAACAUAUUGAUAAUGAUUGUUCUAAAACUAUUAUUAAAUGCAAAUAUUCAGAUGGUGGUUGCAAGGCAGAGUUCAAGAGAGAGGAUGCUGAUAACCAUAUCAAAGAUGUAGAUCACAAAGAGUUUAUUCAAAAUAUCAUCGACCAACACAAAGAAAAACACGAAGUUAUUAAAAGAAAAUAUGAAGAUACCGAAAAUCGUUUAGUAACAGCCGAAAAGAAAUUGGCAGAGUUUGACCAAAUUGCAAAGAAAUUAAAAAUCAAUUGUGAAAACUUAACCUCUAGAAUUGACUCAACUGAAAAAUAUCAAUGUAAUUGGGUAAUUUACAAUUAUAGUGAAAAGUUUAGAACAUACCCAAAUGGUGCUAUGUUUGCAAGUCCUGCAUUUUGGUUAGGUAGUUACAAGUUUAAUUGCGAGCUUUAUUUAAAUGGUUAUAAGGACUAUAGCGAUUUCCUUUCAAUAUUUUUAUUCAAAAAAAACCAUCCAGAAUCAUCUGUACAAGCAAGAUAUAGCUUUGAACUUGUUAACCGUAAUCCUUCAAAAUCAGUAAAAUAUUCUAAUUCAAGUACUUUUGAUAAGGAUCUUGGAUAUGGUUUUGGAAGUUUUAGAUAUUAUAAAAAAGUAGAAAUUAAUGAAGAGUCAGGCUUUGUAGUCGAUAACAAAAUAAUAUUCAAUAUUGUGGUAGAUAUCAGCCCACCAACAAGUUCAAAUGUUUUGAUUUCCCAAUAACCACCCGCCCAAAUAUACAGAAAUUAAAAAAAAUAAAAAAUAUCAAAUUUAUUGGAUUAUUAAAUUAUUUUUUUAUACUUUAAAUAUAUAGUUUUAAAUAAAUUAAUAAAUUUUUAAUUUUUAAAAAUAU